AUGAUCAACCUCGAGAUCCCCACCAACUAUACAUUUUCGCCGUCUGAGGGCACGCCCCAUUUGACAAUCAAUCACGAUGUUGCUGCAGAUAUAGACUCCACCAAUGCCUUUGAAGGCCCGGAAAAGUUGCUCGAAGUUUGGUUUGCUCCCAACUCGAAAUCUCUCCCACCUGGAGUCAAGGAGAAUGGCUUGAAGUCGGUCGCCAGCGAGACUUGGGUUGGAAUGCUCGACAUGGUUAAUUGCAAAAUCCUCUCGGUUCUCGAGGCAGAGCACAUGGACGCCUAUUUGCUCUCCGAGUCCAGCAUGUUCGUGUUUCCCCACAAACUUAUUCUUAAGACGUGCGGAACCACCACACUUCUUCUCGGCCUCCACAGGCUCCUUCGAAUCGCUGCUGAACAUGCCGGAUUCCCUUUCCACAAUGCUGCCUCAAUGGGCGACAUCCAUGCUGCCGCUACGCCUUAUCGAGUGUUCUAUUCGCGAAAGAACUUCCUCUUCCCUCACAAGCAACAGGGACCCCAUCGCAGCUGGAAGCAGGAAGUUAAGUAUCUUGAUGACAUGUUCGAGGGAGGAAGCGCUUAUAUGGUUGGAAAAAUGAAUGGUGAUCAUUGGUACUUGUAUAUCACCUCGCCAUCGAUGAGCUUGACGCCACCUCGUACACCGGACGGCGAAAAGGCAGCUGCGAGUCCUACCAGCACGUUCAGGAUUCCCACUGGUCUGACUUCCGCCUUUAAUGGUGGCUUGGAGGGCAACGACGAAACACUCGAGAUUUUGAUGACGGACCUUGAUCCAGAGAACGCGAAGAAAUUUUACCUAGAGCACGCGAGUGCGGUCGCGAGCACUAGGCUCUCUGAACAGGUUCAGGAAGCACGACAGAUGGCUAUUGACAGCUUUGGAGACCUAUCUGGCAGUACCGCUACACUUAAGACCACAAGCACGAUCGAUAGCGUGUUUGACGACGCGGUUGAUGUGUUCAGCAACGGAAGCGAUUCCGAUUUGCAUGAUACACAUACCCCGCUCUCCGAGCAAGCAGACACCGAGUGCUUGACCACAGAAGGCCACGCGCUUGGGACUGUAGUUUCGGACGCUUGCGGGCUUUCGGACGUAUAUCCCACUUCUAAAUAUCCGGAUGCCCGUAUCGAUGCCUAUCUCUUUACUCCGUGCGGUUUCUCGGCCAAUGGCAUUAUCCCAGCCCCUCAGAAUCAGGAAAUUGAUGAGAAUGCUAAGUCCACUCAUUAUUUCACUGUGCAUGUGACGCCCGAGCCUAUCUGCUCAUUUGCUUCUUUCGAAACGAAUGUUCCGGGUGGACAAAAUGGACGUGAAACUUCGGAAAUUAUUGACCAUGUGGUUCGUAUCUUCAAGCCUGGACGAUUCAGCGUCACCCUUUUCGAGGCCAAGGCGGUCCAGGCGUACGACAAUGAUGAAAUCCCAACCGGGAUCGGUCGUAGCAAGCGCAUGGAGAAGAUACCAGGAUACAGGCGCGUCGACCGUAUCGUCCACGAUUUUGAUGAUUACGAACUUAUCUUCCGAUAUUAUGAGCGAGAAGAUUGGGUUGGUGGAAGCGGACCCCGCGUCGGGGAGGACCUCUGA